AACAAAUAGAAAUGGGGAAAGAAAAUAAAAAGGGAGUGUGAAAUGCAAUGUGCGACCAUUUCAAAGCGAGUUUCUCGGAAAUCAGGACCAAAUCUCUAAUCUGUAGAGAGACAACAAGAGAGAGAACGAGACGACGAUGGCGAUGACGUUGCUAGAGAGCAUUGUCGGUGUUCUCCUCCUUAUGCUGCUUUUGAUCCUCGUCUUCCUCCUCUUCGCCUGUAAACCAUGGCGCUUUUUCUUCUCUUCCCGUUCUCGCACCCUCAAGGUUGGUGAAUUAGACAAGCCCCUUGUUUCGGAAGAAGUGGAAAGCAAUGAAUUGGGAAGAAAUUAUGAUGUAGAGGGAGCAUAUUAUCAAAAUGAAGGACCAUUGCGCUUGCCCCGGCCACAUGGACUUGUUCAUAAACAGAGGCUUCCUUCUGCACCGCCCCAUUUGGUACAAGGAGAUAUCUUGGUUUUAGAUGUAGUUUCAGAACAUGGAGAGGAUAUUCGAGUUGGUCAAACCCUUAAGCGUAUAUUUCCAACAGGGCGCCUAGAUGAAGUGCAGACACAUAUUGAACAAGAAGAUGAAACUCCUAUCUCGAGAUCUGGUCCAGAAAAAGAUGAUCUUCUGGAAUCAGUGCCUAAGAUUAUCAAUGAUCAAAGAAGCUGCCUCUCUUUGGAGGUCAUCUCAGGUCCUUCUCGUGGGCUCCGUUGUUCUAUACAGUCAACAAGUUCUUCAAGGCUUCCACUCACCCUUGGGAGGGUUUCUAGUGACUUGUUGUUGAAGGACUCUGAGGUGUCUGGGAAGCAUGCGAUGAUUAACUGGAAUAUGGAUAAGAAAAAAUGGGAACUGGUAGACAUGGGUAGCCUAAAUGGAACACUUCUAAAUUCUCACCCAAUCAACCAUCCUGAUUCUGGAAGUAGGCACUGGGGUGAUCCAGUUGAUCUAACUAAUGGAGAUAUAAUAACACUUGGCACAACCUCAAAUAUAUGUGUUCAUGUUUCAUCUAAAUCUCAGAACGAGACACCUUUUGGUGUAGGUGUGGCAUCAGAUCCCAUGGCUUUGCGUCGAGGAGGAAAGAAGCUUGCAAUGGAAGAUGUGUGCUAUUAUCAGUGGCCUCUUCCUGGCAUUGACCAGUUUGGAGUUUUUGGUAUUUGCGAUGGGCAUGGAGGAGUAGCAGCUGCCAGAUCUGCUAGCAAAAUGCUUCCUGAGAAGGUUGCUGGUAUUUUAUCGGAUUCACUAACAAGGGAAAGGGUUUUAUCACAACAUGAUGCCUCAGAAGUCCUCAGAGUUGCGUUUUCUCAAACAGAAGCUUCCAUGAAUAAUUAUUACGAGGGCUGUACUGCAACAUUGCUCCUGGUUUGGGCUGAUGAUGACGAAAAUCUCUUUGCUCAGUGUGCCAAUGUUGGGGAUUCAGCUUGUGUCAUGAAUGUUGAUGGGAAGCAGAUUAAGAUGACGGAAGACCAUAGAAUAACUAGUUGUUCUGAAAGGCUUCGAAUCAAUGAAACAGGAGAACCAUUGAAAGAUGGGGAAACACGUCUUUGUGGCUUGAACCUCGCUCGGAUGCUUGGAGACAAAUUUUUGAAACAGCAGGAUGCCCGAUUCAGUUCAGAACCUUACAUAAGCAAAGCUGUGCAUAUAGAUCGAGCAAGCAGCACCUUCGCACUGUUGGCAAGUGAUGGCUUUUGGGAUGUCAUUGGUGUUAAAAAGGCAGUUCAACUUGUGCUUCAGACAAAGGAGAAAUACCUUUCGGAUGGAGAGAAUUCUGCUGAGAAGGUUGCUAAUUUUUUAUUGAGUGAAGCUAGAACACUGCGGACAAAGGAUAACACCUCCAUAAUUUACUUGGAUUUUGACAGCAAAUCUAGAAUAUCUUCUUGUAAAGCUGUAUCUUAAUAUAAAUUAUGAGUUUUUAAAGUGUACAAAUUAUGUUCUUCCGUUUCAAUUCUUUCAAGUUGUCAUGGGCAUAAAUCUUCUGCUUGGUGCCUGUCAAAUGGAUGUGUACACGAAAGUUCGUUCUGAUAUUGGAGCUGGAAGCUGCCUAAAUGUGUAUGAUGCAGGUCGUAGUGCCAAAGCUUGAAAUGGAUUCACGAAAAGCAAAUAUAGGUCAGAUGAGGAGGAUGCUAUAUGGAGUAGGUAGGAUUUCGACUAACAGCGAAAAUUGUGGAGGUUGGUGUUUAAUAGAGUAUCAGAAGAUGCGGAAGCAAAUGGAUUUUUUGAUAGAAUAAAGCUUUGAGACGAAAUCUGGUAUAAGCUUAUACAGAAAUUUAGGAAUGUCUAACCAUCUUUUGAUUACAGAUAAACCAAAGUGAAAUACAAUGCAGUAACUUGAGAGAAUAUGUACAAUCCAUGUUACCUGGGAUCAAUUUAUAUUUCAUUGAGGGAAUUACAUGCUUCAGUCAAAUACA